AUGGAUGUCUCGCAUUAUGCUGAAACCAAGAGUAGAGGUUCAUCCCCACGAAACCCACUGUCGUCAGCGGUCAAAUACUCGGAUUACGGUGAAGUAUACUGUACGACUCUCCCAGAAAUCAAUCGAAAUCAAUUGAUUUUCAUUGAGAAAAUCGGUCAGGGAGAAUUCGGCGAGGUGCAUCGAUGUCUUCUGGAGUCCCGUCAAGUUGCUGUCAAACGUCUUCACAGCACUUCACAAGACGACGAGAUUGCCUUUCUUCGCGAGAUCAGAGUUUUAGGAAACCUGAAGCAUCCCAAUGUGGUCGAGGUGAUCGGUGUGUCAACGAUUGAUAAGCCAAUGAUCUGUAUCAUGGAAUAUAUGGUCAAUGGUGAUUUGCGGUCGUACAUGGGUAAAAUGGAGAACAUCGACAGCCACUACUGCAUUUCCGUGGCAACGCAGUUGGCAGCCGGAUUAGCCUAUUUGGAAUCCUGCAAUUUCGUGCAUAGAGACAUUGCGGCACGAAAUUGCCUGGUCGAUGAAGAGGGAAAUGUUAAAAUUGCUGAUUUUGGCAUGGCACGAAGUCUCUACUCAAAUGACUACUAUCGAGUCGAAGGACAGUUUGUUUUGCCCAUCCGAUGGAUGGCAUGGGAAAGCCUGCUGCUGGGCAAAUUCUCGACACACAGCGAUGUGUGGGCGUUCGGCGUGACGCUGUGGGAGAUUUUCAGUCGAUGUCGUGAGAAGCCGUUUGGUUUGUUAACAGACAACCAAGUUCUGGAGAAUAUUCAGCACAUGAGUAAUACCUCUACACUGAAGCAUCAACUGGAACGGCCGGCAUUGUGCCCAGAGAAAGUGUUCUUGAAUGUUGUGGUCCCGUGCUGGUUGUACGAUCCACAGGCACGGCC